AUGGCGCACAUCUACGAGGUCGGGACCCGGGCCUGGCAGCCGGAUCCGACAGAAGGAUGGGUUGCGUCUGAAGUGAAGGAGAAGUUGGUGGAUGGGGAGAAAGUGCAGUUGAUAUUUGAGCUGGAAAAUGGAGAGACCAAGACGGUGGAAACAACGCAAGCCGAAUUGCAAGUCGAUAACAAUGCGAAUCUGCCACCAUUGAUGAACCCAGCUAUGCUAGAAGCUAGCGAAGAUUUGACCAACCUUUCUCAUUUGAAUGAACCUGCUGUCCUCCAAGCUAUUAAGCUUCGGUAUGCACAGAAGGAGAUCUAUACUUACAGUGGUAUCGUCUUGAUUGCGACCAACCCCUUUGCUCGGGUAGACUCGCUCUAUGUUCCGCAGAUGGUGCAAGUCUAUGCCGGGAAGCAGCGUGCUUCUCAGGCGCCGCAUUUGUUCGCCAUUGCUGAAGAGGCCUUUGCUGAUAUGCUUCGAGACAAAAAGAACCAGACCAUUGUCGUCUCCGGUGAAUCUGGUGCUGGAAAGACCGUGAGCGCUAAAUAUAUUAUGAGAUAUUUUGCAACUCGAGAGUCCUCCGAUCAACCUGGAAAGUACAGUACCAGCCGAGCUGAUGCCAUCAGUGAAACUGAAGAACAAAUUCUGGCAACCAACCCAGUCAUGGAAGCAUUUGGAAACGCCAAAACCACUCGCAACGACAACUCCUCGCGAUUUGGUAAAUAUAUAGAAAUCAUGUUCGAUGACAGGACAAACAUUAUCGGUGCGAAGAUCCGAACUUAUCUCCUAGAGAGAUCGAGACUGGUGUUCCAGCCCCUCAAGGAGCGCAACUACCAUAUCUUCUAUCAACUUGUGGCUGGUGCUACUGACGAGGAAAGGCAAGAGUACGAUCUGCUACCAGUGGAGGAAUUUGAUUAUCUGAACCAGGGUGGAACACCAAUUAUUGAUGGUGUCGACGACAAGGCCGAAUACCAUGCGACUAGAAAAUCCAUGACCACCAUCGGAGUUUCAGACCAGAAUCAAACCGAUAUCUUUCGUAUCCUGGCAGCUCUGUUGCACCUGGGUAAUGUGAAGGUCAUUGCGACUCGUACAGAAUCUUCCCUCUCGGCUACCGAGCCCUCUCUUGUGCGCGCAUGUGAGAUGCUUGGUAUUGAUGCCAAUGAAUUUGCCAAGUGGAUCGUUAAGAAGCAGUUGAUCACACGAGGAGAGAAGAUUACAUCUAAUCUUACCCAGCAACAAGCUAUUGUAGUCCGCGACUCCGUUGCCAAGUUCAUCUAUUCAAGUCUCUUCGAUUGGCUAGUGGAUAAGAUCAAUCGUGGCCUGGCUACCAAUGAGGUUAUCGAGAAAGUCGUCACUUUCAUCGGUGUGCUGGAUAUCUACGGAUUUGAGCACUUUGCCAAGAACUCCUUCGAACAAUUCUGCAUCAACUACGCAAAUGAAAAGCUGCAGCAAGAGUUUAACCAGCAUGUGUUCAAGCUCGAGCAGGAGGAAUAUGUCCGAGAAGAGAUUGAUUGGACAUUCAUCGACUUUUCGGAUAAUCAACCCUGUAUUGAUCUGAUUGAAGCCAAGCUUGGAAUUUUGGCCCUUCUGGACGAAGAAUCGCGGCUUCCAAUGGGCUCAGAUGAACAGUUUGUGACCAAGCUUCACCAUCACUUUGCUGCCGACAAGCAGAAGUUUUACAAGAAACCUCGCUUUGGAAAAUCAUCCUUUACUGUUUGUCAUUAUGCCAUUGAUGUCACUUAUGAGUCCGAUGGCUUUAUUGAAAAGAACCGCGACACAGUUCCGGAUGAGCAUAUGGAGGUACUGCGCAAUUCGUCGAACAGCUUUAUCAAGGAGAUUUUGGACACAGCUGCUGCGGUGCGAGAAAAAGACUCGGCAUCUGUCUCGUCAAAGGCUGUUGCUACCGCCCCUGGUCGUCGAAUUGGAGUGGCUGUCAAUCGCAAGCCCACCUUGGGAGGAAUCUUCAAGUCUUCUCUGAUCGAGCUGAUGACCACGAUCAACUCUACUGAUGUGCACUACAUUCGAUGUAUCAAACCCAACGAAGCCAAGGAAUCUUGGAAGUUUGAGGGGCCCAUGGUUCUCAGCCAGUUGAGAGCUUGUGGUGUGUUGGAAACUGUUAGAAUCAGUACGGCAGGCUAUCCCACUCGUUGGACCUAUGAGGAGUUUGCUAUUCGCUACUACAUGCUUUGCCAUUCAGCACAGUGGACUUCAGAGAUCCGCAAUAUGUGCCACGCCAUUCUGCAAAAGGCUUUUGGAGAUGACAGCGACCCAAAGCAGGACAAGUACCAACUAGGUCUGACCAAGAUAUUCUUUAGGGCAGGCAUGCUGGCCUUCCUGGAGAAUCUGCGAACUUCUCGGCUAAACGAGUGUGCCAUCAUGAUCCAAAAGAAUUUGCGAUGCAAAUACUACCGCCGCCGCUAUCUAGAAGCUCGUGAAUCCAUCAUGACAACGCAGGCUUUUAUUCGGGGAUUCUUGGCACGACAACGCGCCCAAGAUAUUCGCCGGACCAAGGCUGCGACCACGAUCCAACGGGUCUGGAGGGGACAGAAGGAGAGGAAACACUACAACGAGAUCCGGCGCAACUUCAUUUUGUUCGAGUCUGUUGCGAAGGGAUUUCUCUGCCGCCGAAACAUUAUGGACUCUAUCAAUGGCAACGCUGCCAAGGUUAUCCAGCGUGCUUUCCGUUCAUGGCGACAAUUGCGUGGCUGGAGACAAUACCGUCAAAAGGUGAUCACCGUUCAAAACUUGUGGCGAGGUAGACAGGCUCGUAAGGCCUAUCGGUCCCUACGCGAGGAAGCCCGGGAUCUCAAACAAAUCUCCUACAAGCUGGAGAACAAGGUGGUAGAGUUGACACAGUACCUGGAGUCACUCAAGCGUGAAAACAAGUCUCUGUCGUCUCAGCUGGAGAACUAUGAUACUCAACUGAAAUCUUGGCGUAGUAGACACACUGCUUUGGAAGCUCGUGCGAAAGAACUUCAAAUGGAGGCUAACCAGGCAGGUAUCACGGCAGCCCGCCUGGAAGUUGUCGAGGAAGAGAUGAGCAAGCUUCAGCAGAGUCAUAGUGAAGCUCAGGCUACCAUCAAGCGUCUGCAAGAAGAGGAGAAGGUUUCGCGCGAACAAUUCCGCGUGACUACUGAGGAGCUGGACCGUCUCACCGAGACCAACGGUGACCACGAGAAAGAUCUCAUAGUACUUCGCGGACGGGUUUCAGAGCUCGAGGAAGAGUUAGAGGUGGCUAAGCGUUCGGCGCCUGUCAGUGGUGUGCACGGGGAAGUACCAAAUGGCCAUGCUGCCGCUGCCCCUGCUACUAGCCUUAUCAACCUCGUUUCGUCGAAGAAACCGAAGCCCAAGAGACGCAGUGCUGGUGCAGAGAAGAUUGAGAUCGAUCGUUUCAGUGGUGCAUACAACCCUCGACCCGUAUCAAUGGCGGUCACUGGGCCUAACGCUGCUCGUAUGGCCGCUGCUAUUUCCCCAGGACUAGAUUCGGUUGAGGCAGAGCUAGAGCAGUUGCUGUCUGAAGAGGAGGAUUUGAAUGAGGAGGUCACACAAGGUCUCAUCCGUAACCUCAAGAUUCCUCUCCCAAGCUCCACUCCCGCUCCAACUGAGAAGGAGGUUCUGUUCCCCGCAUACCUGAUCAAUCUUGUUACUUCGGAGAUGUGGAACAAUGGAUUCGUCAAGGAAUCCGAGCGCUUCCUAGCCAAUGUCAUGCAGUCGAUCCAGCAGGAGGUCAUGCAACACGAUGGAGAGGAAGCCAUCAACCCUGGUGCAUUCUGGCUUUCGAAUGUCCACGAGAUGCUGUCGUUUGUCUUCCUGGCCGAAGACUGGUAUGAAGCCCAGAAGAGCGACAACUAUGAAUAUGACCGUUUGUUGGAGAUUGUGAAGCACGAUCUCGAGAGUCUCGAGUUCAACAUAUAUCACACAUGGAUGAAGGUACUGAAGAAGAGACUGUACAAGAUGAUUGUGCCAGCUAUCAUUGAAUCCCAGUCUCUUCCUGGCUUUGUCACCAGUGAAACCAACCGGUUCCUUGGCAAACUGUUGCCCUCCAACAAUAAUCCAGCGUACAGCAUGGACAACCUUUUGAGUCUUCUGAACAAUGCCUAUCGCGCCAUGAAGGCAUUCUAUCUGGAAGAUACUAUCAUUCUUCAGACUGUCACAGAGCUUCUUCGUCUGGUUGGCGUCACCGCAUUCAACGACCUUCUUAUGCGACGAAAUUUCCUCUCAUGGAAGCGUGGUCUUCAAAUCAACUACAAUAUUACAAGAAUUGAGGAAUGGUGUAAGAGUCAUGAUAUGCCGGAGGGGACAUUGCAGCUAGAGCAUUUGAUGCAAGCUACCAAGCUUCUUCAGCUUAAAAAGGCAACUUUGAAUGAUAUUGAGAUUAUUCAAGAUAUCUGCUGGAUGCUGUCCCCGAAUCAGAUUCAAAAGCUCUUGAAUCAGUACCUAGUUGCUGAUUACGAACAGCCUAUCAACGGCGAGAUCAUGAAGGCCGUUGCGUCUCGUGUCACGGAAAAGAGCGAUGUGCUCUUGUUGACUCCGGUAGACAUGGAGGACAGUGGUCCGUAUGAGAUCGCCGAGCCUCGCGUCAUUACGGCUCUAGAGACCUACACCCCAUCUUGGCUCCAAACACCACGCUUGAAGCGACUGGCGGAGAUUGUAUCAGCUCAAGCAAUGUCGCAACAGGACGUAAGAGAGAUAGACAAUGUGGAGGAGUAG